AAAGAAUCCUCUGUGUACCACAGGCGGUAGCUUGAUGUCAAUAUGGCAUCUGUAAGUAGUGACCUCUGUGGGCCACAUUGGCAUCUAAUACAUUCAGAAUGGCGGGCAAUAUGAAACGCCUCUUAAAUCUGAUAAACAACAAAAAAUAUUCGAUAUUUGUCAUUUAUUGUUUUGUUUCAAAUAUCUAACUAUUCCCCGUUACAAUCUGACGUUUUCACAGCAUUUGAAUCAUCUCAGCCCUUCCAAAAUGAAGAUGUUACCCACCGACAUAUGAAAAUGUCAGCAGAGACUCCAGAAGAGCCUCUCCUUAGGCCGAGAUUUCGAUUAUUCGUCCCGGGAACUCCCAAAACCCACCAGCAAGCCACUAGAGAACGACUCCAGAAAGUCUCCAGCACUCCAGCACCGUCGGAGGCUGAAGAGGACCCUUGCGCUAAGAAAGAGGAGAAGAAAGUCGAAGUAAAACUUAGACCCACUGUUGCAUCAGAUCCCAGAUUUCAACAGCAGAAUCAAACUCUGAGAUGUUUCGUGAUGUACACCGACUUCUUCAGAUGUGAAAAAAUUCUCGGAGAAGGCCACGAGGCCUGCAGUUGGUUCAAACGCUGCUACCAGGCGAUUUGUCCAAAUGCUUGGAUCAGUCACUGGGACGAUCUCCGCAGCCAAGAUUUAAUGCCCUGGCCCAGGGCCUACGACAAAGCGGUCGAAGAAGCGAAGAAAAGAGAGUCCAAUAAAUAGGAAUAAUUUAUAAUCAUCAAAUAAACAACACACAUCUAAGAAAAAAUAUUAAUAAUUUUAUUGUAUAGGUACAGGAGUUGAAUUUCCGCGAGGUAUAUAGUUAUUUGGGCGAUUAAACUUAACAAAACGAAUCAAAAAAAAGGAGACUCAAAGUACGACCGCGAUCGGUUGAACUUGAUUAACUGAAAUAAGUUCUUCAAAGAUGCCCUCCUCCAUUCCGAAUUGCUUUUAAAAAAUUAGCCUGAUCUCUUCGUUAAAACAUCGGCUCCACUGUCACGUCCGUUCACUCUUAUUUAAAUUACACAGACAAUUUACAGUACCAUCACCCGCGAAAUAAUUGCGCAUCAACUCAUUUUAAAGUCUUCACAAUAUAUAAUAUACAUAAAAAAAUAAUAAACAAGUAGUUGAAAUAAUUGUCACUAGUAAGAUUGAAUAUUUGGAAUGGAGCGGUAUGUUUUGUCCUUUCGACAAACGUAAAAUGUAGGAAUCAAUGGCCUGGUGGAUUAUCCUGUUUUUUAGUGUUCACAGCCCAUUUUUAGGUGCAAAAAUCAGUGACAGAUAAUCCCAGCCAAUUUUUCAUUUUGUUUUUUCUUAUGAAGACAACUUACCAUCCAGUGAAGAGGAACUCGCCGUUAAAAUUAAUCGGAGGAACGAAUAAUAUCGGCCGAUGCUUUAUUAUCUUCACGGAGGAUUUAUCUUCGUA